AUGUUCUCGUCAAACCGAACACGAUAUCAAGAGGGUAGUUUCUCCAAACAUCGAGCAAGCAAGUCCAAGGCGCACAAGAAGAAUCCCUCGUUCAGGGACUCACCCAGGAAAGUCGAGAAAUUGGCACAGCAGGCUCAGGUAUCCUCGCCACAGUCUAAUCAAACAUCGCCAACACUGGGAAGUGCUAUCAUCACGUUAUGUGUUGGUCCUGAGCAACGGCUCUUUGCAGCCCACGAAGAUGUUCUAUCCCACUCUCCCUGGUUCCAUGCUGCGUGUAGUGGCCAGUUCUUCCAGACCGCCAACAAGCGAAUCGACCUUCCCGAUGAAGAACCCGAAGUCUUCUCGUCGAUCCUCGAGUAUCUCUACAAGGGUGACUACUAUCCCCGUAUGGAGUACGACAAGAAGCGCAAUAGCUGGAACCUCGAAGAUGGCGGUAAUGGCAACGGCGCUAGUGAAGCCGUUGUCCAUUCCGCUGCUGGGCCGAUCUUAAAGGACACAAUCAUCUACUGUCAGGCUGAGAAGUAUGGACUGCAGGAGCUAAAGAAGCUUGCAUUGAAGAAACAAGGCCUCCAGUCUGGCGUUCAGUGCUCGACGAUCCUGACGUCUGCCCGCUUCGCCUAUGCCAACACACCCGAUAACGACUCCAAGCUUCGUGCACAUUACCUUGCGCUCAUCAUUCGAGCUCGACAUACUUUCAAACGUAGUGGCACAAUGCAGAAUGAGAUGGAGAACGGCGGCAAGCUGUUCUUUGACUUGUUUGUCGCCAUGGUCAAUCAUAUGGACGACCUGUCCCAGAAGUCGCCACGCUAG